CAAGACGUGUUCAGCGGGAGCAGUUAUUUAUUUUUCUAUCUGCCUUUUUGAGACAAAAAACGACUUUCUCAGUGCCAGUGGUGAGCGCCCACAGUGAUUUGAUAAUCCUACGUGUCCCAUUGAGAGUGGCAGUGUUGCGGAAUUCUGUGGCCGGAAAGUGCGUGCGAAAGUGCUGGAUUAAUGCUGCAUCUCUGAGGAUAAUUGCUGCGAGAAGAGGAGCUUCAUUGGGACAGGGUGCAUCAAUCUGGUGCGAAGAGUGGAGAAAAUAGCAGAGGAAAAGGAGGACAGCAAAGUGGCAGGAAGUGUUGUGUUAAUUUGACGUGGUGGGAAAGGAAUUUGUGUGCCCAUUGAAGGAAGAAGGUGGAGACAUAGGGUAGACUAAUGAAGUGAAUAAUAAGCAAGUGAGUGAUUGAAAAUGUUCUAGAGGUGGAAUUCACCGAGCGUAUAGUGUGGCACUGUGUUGAUUUCUGGGGCUAAAUGGUGACUUGUGAUCAUGGGAGAUUUGGAGGAUUUGCGGAAAAAGCCAUCGAGUCUGCCGAUAAGUAUCAAAUCGACCGGUGGCGUACCGUUUGCAUCGUCCUCCGACAGUGGCAGCAGCGACGAGUCCCAAGGAUCGGUGGCCCAGCUGCCGAGUGUGGUGCGCAAGGAGCCCGAGAGGACGUACAUUUUCCCAGGGGUGUCGGGAAGCGGUGGAGGCGUCGCAGGGGGCGGUAGUAGUCUGGACAGUAGCUUGGAGAGCGGCUCUCGUGGGCAUGCGAGGUCAGUCAGCCAUGGCGGUGGGGCCAUCGCGAGCUCCUACAGUCGUCCGUCAGCCCUCAAGUCCGCCAUGCGAGGACACCAGCGAGCUCUGUCCCAGGGCCAGAUCAUGGACUCGACGGGAGGACAAGCGACGCAGUCGGGGCACAGCCGCGUGGGCUCCAAGACGGACUUCAUCCUGCCGCCGGGUCACAAGGAGGCGCUGGAGGCGAGAGAUGCCACUCAAUCGGCCACAAAUUCCGGCCGCGGACACUCCAGACAAGCCUCCAGAUCGGAGUCCAUCUACACGCUGAGGCGCACGGAAUUGCCGCCGUGGUGGAAGCGUUUCCUGUUUUGCCGAGAUGACAAGGGGGACGAUUGUGCCUUCAGGACAGUCGUGCCAAAUCACACUGUGCCUCCGAAGACGCCCAAGCGAGAGCAUCCCAAUGGACGGCGCGUGGGCAAUAAGAUUCGCACCACGAAGUACACCCUGUUGUCAUUCCUGCCCAAGAACCUCCUCGAGCAGUUUCACCGUGUCGCCAAUUUGUACUUCAUAUUCAUCGUGCUGCUCAACUGGUUUCCAGCCAUAAACGCCUUCGGCAAGGAGAUCGCCAUGAUACCUGUGCUCUUUGUGCUUGGCGUCACGGCCAUAAAGGAUCUAUUUGAGGAUCGACGCCGCCGAUCGUCGGAUCAGCGAAUCAACAACACCACAUGUCGCGUCUAUCACGGAGAGUCUGAGCGGUACAAGAGGAUCCUGUGGCAAGAUAUUCGCGUGGGUGAUUUGGUGCACAUCUCGAAUAAUGAGACUGUGCCGGCGGAUAUCCUCCUGCUGCGCUCCAGUGAUCCUCAUGGUGUUUGCUACAUCGACACGUGCGAUUUGGAUGGCGAGACGAACCUGAAGAGGAGGGAGGUUGUUCGUGGUUUUUCAGAGAAGCAGCACUGCUUCUCUGCCAGCAAAUUUGUCAGUCGUGUUGAAGUUGAUGCACCAUCGACGAAAAUUUAUCGAUUUCACGGUGCCAUGAUUCAUCCUACAGGUGAACAAGUUCCUGUGUCCACGGAAAAUCUCCUCUUGCGCGAGAGUCGUCUCAAGAAUACGGACUAUGCCGAAGGAUUGGUGGUUUAUGCUGGUCACGAGACAAAGGCUAUGCUGAACAAUAGCGGUCCUCGGUACAAGCGUUCGCAGCUGGAGCAGCAAAUGAACAUUGAUGUGAUUUGGUGUGUGAUCAUCCUUAUAAUACUGUGUGUUAUUGGUGCUGUUGGGUGCAAAAUGUGGCUGAAGUCCUUUGAGGGAAUGACUGUGCCCUUCUUGCCCUUCGAAGUGAACCCGAGCUAUGAGGGUCUCCUCACAUUCUGGACAUUUGUGAUAAUUCUGCAGAUAAUGAUUCCGCUGUCGCUGUAUGUGACAAUUGAAUUGUGCAAGAUACUGCAAGUGUAUCAUAUUCACAACAAUGUGGAAUUGUAUGAUCCGCUCACGAACAAGAGAACUGAGUGCAGAGCCAUGAAUAUUACGGAAGAGCUGGGACAGGUGCAGUACAUCUUCUCAGACAAGACAGGCACUCUCACGGAGAACAAGAUGAUCUUCCGACGGUGCACGGUUAAUGGGAUUGACUACAAUCAUCCGCCGAGUGAGCUUGAGAAGGAUUAUCUGAAGCCGGGUUCGCCUGUUCCGCCUGUGAUUGCGAAUUCCACUCUCUUCGAGGACAUGACCGCCACUCUCGGUGAUCGGGUGACGUACACGUCCAGUGCGCAGCGCAUCCAGGAGUUCCUCUUAGUGCUCGCGAUUUGCAACACUGUGGUUGUUAGUGUGACUCCGCAUCGGGAUCUGAUGAACUCAAGUGGAGUGAUUGAGGACGAUCAGGGCUCCGUGACGAUUGUACGUCCGAAUGAAGGGCCACAGGCUAACAGUAUUGGCGAUCGAUACACUCGCUUGGCAGAGUCUCGAUCCAUUACACCCUCUCCGCCACCGAAUUCGACGCUCAAGCAGCACGUGCCUUCCUUGUCACCCAUUCACAGCUCAGCUGAGUCGUCGCCGGUGAGCGAGAGUCCAACCAAGAUUCAUCGGCAGAUGCCAGUGAGUCCCACGAUGAGAGCAAAGUCUAUCAUCACGUCCAAAAUCAAUGCCAUAUCCUCAGUGCUGAGGAACAAGAAUUCUAGUCGGAAUAUAGACAAUAGGUCACAAAUUUCACCGUUGAGGAAUCAACAGUCGUCACAACAGUCACCAUCCAACGGGCGGCCAAUCUUUGAGGCUGAGAGCCCUGAUGAGCUGGCUCUAGUCAAUGCUGCAUUCACAUACGACUGCGGCCUGAUCAAUCGUAGUCCCAACCAUGUGUUGGCCAACGUUCCGGCGGCGGGAGUGGCGGAGUUUGAUGUGCUGAAGGUGCUGCCAUUUGACUCGUCGAGGAAGUGUAUGUCAGUAAUUGUGCGGCGGACUGGGACGCAGGAGAUUGUGCUGUACACGAAGGGAGCGGACAGUUCGGUGAUGUCAUGCCUGACGCCGUGCUCUCCGGACUCCGUGGAGGGCCAUCUGAGAGAGAAGACCCAGCAGCAGCUGGAUUUGUACGCCCGGCAGGGAUUGCGAGUGCUGGUGAUGGCGAAGAGAGUGCUCUCGCCGGUGGAGUACGCCGACUGGGCGGCCAGACACAAGGAGUGCGAGAUGACGAUGGAGAAUCGCGAGAAGAGGGUGCGCGACUCGUUUGUGGGGAUCGAAAAGAAUCUGACACUGCUGGGUGCCACGGGGAUUGAGGAUCGCUUGCAAGACGGUGUGCCGGAGACGCUGUCGUCUCUCCUGUCGGCGGGCAUUGUGAUCUGGGUGUUGACGGGUGAUAAGCCAGAAACUGCCAUAAAUGUGGCGUACUCGGCGAAGCUAUUCAAUCCACAAAUGGAACUGCUAAGACUGACUGCCCGUUCGCGGGAUGCCGCCGAGACGUCCAUCAUGUUCUAUCUGUCAGAGAUUGAGAGAUCCUUCACGGAGGGUCCGAGUGGGAGUCGCGCCAAGGCGAGGGCUCUCGUUGUGGAUGGCAAGACGCUAACUUUUAUCCUGGAUCUGAGGUCCAAUUUGACGAAACCCUUUCUGAAGCUGACCAAAUAUUGUGCCUCCGUGCUGUGCUGUCGAUCCACGCCGCUGCAGAAGGCCUUCCUGGUGAAAGUGGUGAAGGAGGAGUUGCAAAUGAGGACGCUCGCCAUUGGGGAUGGCGCCAAUGAUGUCUCCAUGAUUCAAAUGGCCGAUGUUGGGGUGGGAAUAUCGGGCCAGGAGGGCAUGCAAGCCGUGAUGGCGUCAGAUUUCACACUAUCACGCUUCCGGUUGCUGGAGAACCUCCUCCUUGUCCAUGGAUUUUGGUGUUACGACCGCCUGGCCAGGAUGAUUUUGUACUUUUUCUACAAAAAUGCGACAUUUGUCUUUCUCAUCUUCUGGUAUCAACUCUUCUGCGGCUUCUCCGGUGCCGUGAUGAUCGACCAGAUGUACCUCAUGCUGUACAAUUUGGUGUUCACGUCGCUGCCGCCACUGGCCAUUGGUGUCUAUGACAAGUGCGUGCCCGAGGAUCUGCUCUUCAGUCGGCCACAAUUGUAUCGAUAUGGACGGCUAGGGAAGGCCUAUAAACCGCACACCUUCUGGCUGGUGAUGCUGGAGUCCCUGUACCAGAGUCUGGUGAUAUUCUUCAUCGCCGAAGCCACGUAUUGGGACUCGGACAUUGGGAUAUGGCAAUUUGGCGCCACGAUUGCCACUUCAAGUCUCAUCACGAUGCUCCUCCACUGUGCCAUAGAGAUUAAGUCUUGGACAAUUCUACAUGUGCUGUCUAUAGCGAUUAGUCUGGGGGCAUUUUAUGUGUUUUCAAUUUUCUACAAUUCCGUGUGUGUCUCCUGCCUCGGCCUUCCCUCCAGCUAUUGGGUAAUUCAGACCAGCAUGAGUACAUCAACUUACUGGUUAAUAUCACUCCUUACGGCCGUCUUGGCAGUGCUCCCAAAUUACACAAUUCGGACGUUUGUGGCAACUCUGUGGCCAGAUGGUGGAACGAAGGCAAUUCUGCAGAAGCGCCGAAAUGAACGAAGAGGUGAAGAUUUACUUGUCGCUUGGUCCAGAUCAACAUCUGCCUCGUCUAUUUACAGAACCUCUGAUUAUGGGACUAAGCAUCAGAUUGUGAAGACGAUAAGCUGAGAAUGGCGAACGAAGAGGACGUUGUGUUUUCCGGGAUGGCGCCAGAGCGGCAGGAGAGUGACAUCUCCAUCGAGGCGGAAUGUCCGGCGUGUGAAGCCUUCGGUGGAAUUCAUUGAAAUCAAUGGGACGCGAGAAAUGUGACUGAAUGCGAUCAAUGAUUCGGAAGAGGCCUUAGAAGAGAAUUUGCCAACGUAUCAGCUGCGAAGGGUUAGAGAAAAUGUAUUUUUUAGGAUUUCUUUCUAUUUAACUGACGAGGACAUUUCUUGAAUACUUGCUAUGGCUGUGAUUUGAAGCAUAAUGAUUUAUCAAAUGUUAAAAGUUACACAUCCUCAUGUUGCAUGUAAAAUUGUAUAGAGAAAAAUAACUAAUCAUGUGCAGAAAUGCAAGUAUAUUUGUACCCCUGUUAAAUGGGACCAUAUAUUUUUGAGAGGAAGCAUGCAAAAAUGCGGAAUAUUCUAAAGAAAAGCAAAGAGGAACGCGCGUGAGGAAUGAAAUCAUGUUGAGGAAGAAAAUUUACAACAAAUCCUUGGGAUGCUCCGAGAGUUUAUUGACAUGUUUUGAAUUGAUUUUCGCAAAAGAGUAAAAAGUGAGACAAUUUUAUGAGUGUGUAAAUAUGCGAUGUAUGUAAAUAGCUGAGGAAUAAAUUGUAGAUAUUUGUAGAAAUGAUGCAAUGAAAUAUAUUUAUUGUUGAAU